GUAAUUGUUACAUCUUUGCGGCACUCUCUGCUUAACCAAUGACGUUUAAGCGCAGAUUGUUUGAAAGUUGUUUGUAAACAUCUUGUUUGAAGUUCAGUGGAAAUGUGUAAAUAAGCAUUAUGGCAGUAUGCUGGAGGUAUGGUAUGGAGUCCAAGGUUAACAGUACAAACGCAACCAGAGACAAUGAGUGAAGAAGAAUCAGGAAGUAGUGAUAAAGAAAACAAUAAUAUGUGCACACUGAAAGACAGGUCACAUCUGAAUUGGAAGAAGCACAAACACAAAGAGAGUGAGAUGACCUAUGUGGCACAAUCAGAGCAUGAGUUUGCAUGCCCCACAUGCUUAAAGACUUUCAGUGACCACAGCAGCUUCAUAACUCAUCUGCUCUUUCACAGCAAAGAGAAAAUCUUCUCCUGUGAAGUACGUGAAAAAAGUAUCACAUCAAAACAGGGUUUACAGAGUCAAAGGAACCAUGAUCACAAGGAUCAUUUGGCAUCGAAGGCUGCUGUAGUAUGUGGUCUGGUGUCAGAGGUUAAUGGUAGAAGUAACAACUGGUCACAGGAAAUACCGGAGACUACAAAUGAAGAAGAAUCAGGUAGUAGUAAUAAAGAAAACAAAAAUAUGUGCACACAGAAAGACAAGUCACAUCAGAAUAGGAAGAAGCGCAAACACAAAGAUACUGAGACAAUCCAUUUGGCACAGUCAGAGCAUGAGUUUGCAUGUCCCACAUGCUUAAAGACUUUCAGUGACCACAGCAGCUUCGUGACUCAUCUGCUCUUUCACAGGGAAGAGAAACUCUUCUCCUGUGCAGUACAUGAGAAAAGUAUCACAUCGAAACAAAGUUUGCAGAGUCAAAGGAACCAUGAUCACAAGGAUCAUUUGGCAUCGAAGGCUGCUGUAGUAUGUGGUCUGGUGUCAGAGGUUAAUGGUAGAAGUAACAACUGGUCACAGGAAAUACCGGAGACUACAAAUGAAGAAGAAUCAGGUAGUAGUAAUAAAGAAAACAAAAAUAUGUGCACACAGAAAGACAAGUCACAUCAGAAUAGGAAGAAGCGCAAACACAAAGAUACUGAGACAAUCCAUUUGGCACAGUCAGAGCAUGAGUUUGCAUGUCCCACAUGCUUAAAGACUUUCAGUGACCACAGCAGCUUCGUGACUCAUCUGCUCUUUCACAGGGAAGAGAAACUCUUCUCCUGUGCAGUACAUGAAAAAAGUAUCACAUCGACACAAAGUUUGCAGAGUGAAGGGAAGCAUCAUCGCAAGGAUAAUUUGGCAUCGAAGGCUGCUAUAGUGUGCAGUAUGGAGACCAAGGUUAACAGCAGAAGCAGCAGCUGGUCACAUGAAACAACAGAGACUACAAACAGAGAAGAAUCAGGAAGCAGUAAUGGAGAAAGCAAGAAUACGUGCACACAGAAAGACAGGCAACAUCUGAAUCAGAAAAGGAACAAAAACAAAGAGAGUCAGACCAUGUGUUUGGCACAACCAGAGAACGAGUUUGCAUGUCCCACUUGCUUAAAGACUUUCAGUGACCACAGCAACUUUGUAACACAUCUACUUGCUCACAGGGAAGAGAAAAUCUUCUCCAGUGCAGAACAGAGUCGCAGGAAGCAUCAUCACAAGGACCAUUUGCCAUUGAACGCUGCAAGAACGUACAGUAUGGAGUCUGAAUUUUAUUCUAGAAGCAACAGAUGGUUAAAUGAAAUACCAGGGACUACAAAUACAAAUGGUGAAGAAUCAGAAAAUGCUGAUCACUUGUAUAGUUUGAAGGGAGUAGAAAACAAGAAUAUAAAGCAUAAAUACAAAGACACUAAGGUUAUUAUAGCAAGCACUAUGGCAUCACAUGAAACAGUGACAGGAAACAGAGAAGAACUGGGAAGUAGUAACAAUGAAAAAAAUAUUCUGCACUCACAGAAAGACAAUUUGCACCUGAAAGGGAAAAAAUAUAAGCACAAAGAGACUGAGGUUAAUAUUGGAGACAGUGUGGCACCACUUGAAGUACCUGUGACUUCAAAUAAAGACAAACCAGUAAGUAGUAAUGAAGAAAACAAAUAUCUUUGUGCAAAGAAAGACAGUUCACAUCCAAGACAGAACAAGAAUAAACACAAAGAGGGUAAGGUUAAUACUGGAGACAGUGAGAUGGCGUAUGAAAUAACAGUGACUGCAAAUGAAGAAGAAUCAGGAAGUAGUAAUGAAGUAAGUAAGAAUCUGUGCACAAAGGAAGAUAGUUCACAUCUGAAACAGAAAAAGCAUGAACACAAAGACACUGAGGUUAGUACUGGAGACAAUGUGGUAGCAUAUGAAAUACCAGUGACUGCAUAUGGAGAAGAAUCAGGAAGUAGUAAUGAAGAAAGCAAGAAUCGGUGUAGAAAGAAAAGCAGUUCACAUACAAAACGGAAAAAGCGUAAACACAAAGAGACUGAGGUUAACACUGAAGACAAUGUGGUGUCAUAUGAAAUAGCUGUGACCGCAAAUAGAGACGAACCAGAAAGUAGUAAAGAAGAAAACAAGAAUUUGUGUGCAAAGGAGGACAGUUCACACCCGAAACGAAAAAAGCAUAAACACAAAGAGGCUAGGGUUAAUAAUGGGGACAGUAUGGUAUCAUGUGAAAUACCAGUGACUUCUAGUGGAGAAGGCCCAGAAAGAAAUAAUAAAGAAAAUGAGAAAAAGAAAGGCAAGUCACAUUCGAAAUGCAAAAAGCAUAAACACAGAGAAACUGUGGUUAAUACUGGGGACAGUAUGGCAGCACGUGAAAUACCAGUGACUGCAGAUGGAGCAGAACCAGGAAAUAGUAAAGAAGCAAACAAGAAUCUGUGCAUAAAGAAAUACAGUUCACAUUCGAAGCAGAAAAAGUAUAAACAAAAAGAGACUGAGGUUAAUAAUGGAGACAAUGUGGUGUCAUAUGAAAUACCAGUGACUGCAAAUGGUGAAGAACUGGGAAGCAGUAAUGAAGAAAGUAAGAAUCGGUGCACAAACAAAGGCAGUUCACAUAUGAAACGGAAAAAGCAUAAACACAAAGAAAUUGAGGUUAAUACUGAAGACAGCGUGGUCUCGUAUGAAACACCAGUGACCACAAAUAGAGAAGAACCAAAAAGUAGUAAAGAAGGAAACAAGAAUUUGUGUGCAGAGGAGGACAGUUCACCCCCGAAACGAAAAAAGCAUAAACACAAAGAGGCUAAGGAUAAUAAUGGGGACAGUAUGGUAUCAUAUGAAAUACCAGUGACUUCUAGUGGAGAAGAUCCAGAAAGAAAUAAUAAAGAAAAUGAGAAAAAGAAAGGCAAGUCACAUUCGAAAUGCAAAAAGCAUAAACACAGAGAAACUGAGGUUAAUACUGCGGACAGUAUGGCAGCACGUGAAAUACCAGUGACUGCAGAUGGAGCAGAACCAGGAAGUAGUAAAGAAGCAAACAAGAAUCUGUGCAUAAAGAAAUACAGUUCACAUUCGAAACAGAAAAAGUAUAAACAAAAAGAGACUGAGGUUAAUAAUGGAGACAAUGUGGUGUCAUAUGAAAUACCAGUGACUGCAAAUGGCGAAGAACUGGGAAGUAGUAAUGAAGAAAGUAAGAAUCGGUGCACAAACAAAGGCAGUUCACAUAUGAAACGGAAAAAGCAUAAACACAAAGAAAUUGAGGUUAACACUGAAGACAGCGUGGUCUCGUAUGAAACACCAGUGACCGCAAAUAGAGAAGAACCAGAAAGUAGUAAAGAAGGAAACAAGAAUUUGUGUGCAGAGGAGGACAGUUCACCCCCGAAACGAAAAAAGCAUAAACACAAAGAGGCUAAGGAUAAUAAUGGGGACAGUAUGGUAUCAUGUGAAAUACCAGUGACUUCUAGUGGAGAAGAUCCAGAAAGAAAUAGUAAAGAAAAUGAGAAAAAGAAAGGCAAGUCACAUUCAAAAUGCAAAAAGCAUAAACACAGAGAAACUGAGGUUAAUACUGGGGACAGUAUGGCAGCACGUGAAAUACCAGUGACUGCAGAUGGAGAAGAACCAGAAAGUAGUAAAGAAGGAAACAAGAAUUUGUGUGCAAAGAAAGACGGUUCACACCUGAAACGAAAAAAGCAUAAACACAAAGAGGAUAAGAGUAAUACUGGAGAGAGUAUAGCUUCAUAUGAAAUGCCAGUGACUUCUAAUGGAGAAGAUCCAGAAAGUAAUAAUAAAGAAAAUGAGAGAAAGAAAGACAAGUCACAUUCAAAAUGGAAAAAGCAUAAGCGCAGAGAGACUGAGGUUAAUACUGGACACCGUGUGGUGUCCUGUGAAAUGCCAGUGACUUCUAGUGGAGAAGACCCAGAAGGUAAUAAUAAAGAAAAUGAGAAAAAGAAAGGCAAGUCACAUUUGAAACGGAAAAGGCGUAAACACAAAGAGACUGAGGUUAAUACUGGAGACAGUGUGGUGUCCUGUGAAAUGCCAGUGACUUCUAGUGGAGAAGACCCAGAAGGUAAUAAUAAAGAAAAUGAGAAAAAGAAAGGCAAGUCACAUUUGAAAUGGAAAAGGCAUAAACACCCCAAAGAGACUGAGGUUAAUAUUGGAGACAGAAUGGCAGCACAUGAAAUACCAGUGACUGCAAAUGGAGAAGAACCAGAGAGUAGUAAUGAUGAAAACAAAAAUCUGUGCACAAAGAAAGACAGCUCACAUCUGAAACAAGAAAAGAAGAAAUACAAAGAGACUAAGGUUAAUACUGGAAACAGUAUCUUGUCAUAUGAAAUACCAGUAACCUGUAAUGGAGAACAAACAGACAAUAAUAAUGAAGAAAGUAAGAAUCUGCGCGCAAAGAGAGGCAAUUUAUAUCCAAAACAGAAGAAGCAAAAACACGGAGAGACUGGUGCUAGUAUUGGAGACAGUAUGGAAUCACAUAAAAUGCCAGUGAUUGUAGAUGGAGAAGAACCAGAGAGUAGUAAUGAUGAAAACAAGAAUCUGUGCACAAAGAAAGACAGUUCACACGAGAAACUGAAAAAGAAGAAACACAAAGAUACUGAAGUUAUUACUGGACACAGCAUAAUCUCUUAUAAGAUACUAGCAGCUGCGGAUGGAGAAGCACCAGAAAGCAGUAAUGAAGAAAAUAAAAAUCUGUGCACAAAGAAAUAUAGUUCAAAACUGAAACAGAAAAAGAAUAAACACAAAAAGAAUAAGGUUAACACUGGAAACAAUAUGGUCUUGUAUGAAAUACCAGUAAGUGCAAAUGGAGAAGAAGAGAAAGGAUGUAAUGAAGAAAACAAGAAUCUGCGCGUAGAGAAACACAGUUCACAUGCAAAACUAAAAAAGCAUAAACCCAAAGAGACUGAGGUUAAUAUUGGAGGCAGUAUGGCAUCACAUAAAAUACCAGUGACUGCAAGUGGAGAAGAACCAGAAAGUGGUAAUGAAGAAAACAAGAAUAUGCACACUAAGAAACACAGUUCACAAUUGAAACAGAAAAAGAAUAAAUGCAAAGAAGGUAAGAUUAAUAAUGGAAACAGCAUGGUCUUGUAUGAAAUACCAAUGAGUGCAAGCAGAGAAGAAUCAGAAAGUAUCCAUGAAGAAAGAAAGAAUAUGUGCUCAAAGCAAGAUAGUUCACAUUCAGAAUGGAAAAAGCAUAAGCAAACAGAGGCUGAGGUUGAUGCUGGAGACAGUAUAGUGUCGUACGAAGUACCAGUGACUUCUAAUGGAGAAAAAAUAGAAAAUGGUAAUGAAGAAAGUAAGAAUGAGUGCACAAAGACAGAUAGUUCAUAUCUGAAAUGGAAAAAGCAUAAACACAAAGAGACUGAUGUUAAUAUUGGAGACAGUAUUGCAUCACAUACUAUGGCAUCACGUGAAAUUCCAGUGAAUGCAGAUGGGAGGGAGUCAGAGAGUAGUAAUGAAAAAAACAAAAGUCUGUGUACAAAGAAAGACAGUUCACACCUGAAAAGUAAAAAGAAUAAACACAAAGACACUGAGGUUAAUACUGUCGACAGUAUGGCAUCACAUGUAAUAUCAGUAACUUCCAUUGGAAAAGAACUAGAAAGUACUAAUAUAGAAAGCAAGAAUCUGUGCACAACAAAAGACAUCUCACAUCCGAAACAGAAAAAGCAUAAACACACAGAAACUGAUGUUAAUGUAGGAGACAGAAUAGCAUUGCAUGAAAUACCAGUGACUUCAUGCGGAGGAGAACCAGAAAGUAGUAAUGAAGAAAACAAGAAUCUUUGCCCACAGAAAGACAGUUCUCACCCAAAACAGAAAAAGAGUAAGCAGAAAGAGACUGAGGUUAAUGUUGGAGACAGUAUGAUGUCGUCUGAAAUACCAGUGACUGCAAAUGGGGAAGAACCAGAAAGUAGUAAUGAAGUAAACAAGAAUCAGUGCACACAGAAAGACAGUUUUCAAUGGCAACAUAAAGAGCACAAUGACAAAGAGGGUAAGAUUGAUACUGGAGAUAGUGUGACAUCAUAUGAAUUGCCAGUGACCUCCAAUGGAGUAGAACAAGAAAGUAACAAUGAAGAGAGUAAGAUUAUCUAUUUGGCACGAUCAUUGCAGAAAUCUUCAUUCAUUACACAAUCAGAGCAAGAGUUUGCUUGUCCCAAAUGCUUGAAGCAUUUUAAUAACCGCAGCAACUUUGUAAGACAUCUGCUUGUUCAUAGGAAAGAGAAAGACUACUCCUGUGCUGUAUGUGAAAAAAGUUUCACAUUGAAGCAGAGUUUACAAUUACACAUGCUUUGUCACAUGAAGGAGAAGCAACACAUAUGUGCUGUGUGUUCAAGGCCUUUCACUGAUGCAAAUAAUUUGAGGAGGCAUAGGCUGAUACAUAGUAAGAUAAAAGAAUUUGUUUGUGAUAUUUGUUCAAAAGCAUUUUCCCGUAAGCAACAGCUUGGAGCUCAUAUAUUGAGACAUAAGGAUGCACAAUCAUUUUCAUGCCCACAUUGUUCAAAAACCUUUAAUUACGAAUACCGUUUGAGAAUACACUUGCGUGCAUGUAAAAAGUUAAAUCCAUUUAUAUGUCCUAUUUGCUCGAAACAAUUUCCUCGCGUAUACAAUUUUAAUAGGCAUAUGGGUACUCAUGAUUGAUUGUACAAAGUCUGGUUUAUGGGGAACACAAUUUUUUUAACAAAAAUUAUUACAAAAUGUACAGUUCCAUUUACAAAUGCGUAGUGUGAAGCCUAAUAUAUUCAAAAGAUUAGAUAAUAAGUGUUUUAUAAUGGAACUUUAGAUUAUGUUUUAUUUUAUAUCAGUGACAAUAAUCAGUUUUUGAAACUAUAUUAUAAGUGAUGUAUAAAAAUCAACUCGCUAAGCAGUAGCUGGAGGAAACACAUAUCACAUAUGAAAGUUAAGGAAAUGUGCAAGCUGUCAGAGACAGUGGCUCCUUUUUCUGACAGAGUGGUUGAAGAGGAAGGAAGAGGGAUGAAGAAAUGACUGGGGAGGUUUAGCAAAAGGGGAAGUUACCAAAAAAUCACCCAUAACCCUAGGUCAAGGGAGACUUAGCAGAUGGUAUGAGAAGGAAUACAAUGUGCCAUCCAGCAAAUCUCCCCUGAUCCAUGGUUCUGGUUGAUUAUUCCAUAACUCUUCCCAUUUCCUAAACCUCACCAGUCCUCUUCCUUCAUCCCUCUUUCUUCGCCUAAUGCCAGAAAAUGGAGGCACUGGCUCUGAAAUCUUGCACAUUUCAUUAACUUUUAUGUGUAUUCCCUCACUGCCAUUUGGUGAGUAGAUUUUUUUUUUAUUUAUACAGUUACACUACCUUUUAUUUUGUUGUUGUUGUUGUUGUGGUCUUCAGUCCAGAGAUUGGUUUGAUGCAGCUCCCCAUGCUACCCUACCUUGUGCAAGCUUCUUCAUCUGGAUGUACCUACUGCAACCUCCAUCCUUCUGAAUCUGUUUAGUGUGUUCAUCUCUUGGUCUCCCUCUAUGGUUUUUACCCUCCACACUGCCCUCCAGUACUAAAUUGAUGAUCCCUUGAUGCCUCAGAACAUGUCCUACCAACCGAUCCCUUCUUCUAGUCAAGUUGUCCUACAAAUUCCUCUUCUCCCCAAUUCUAUUCAGUACCUCCUCCUUAGUUAUGUGAUCUAUCCAUCUAAUCUUCAGCAUUCUUCUGUAGCACCACAUUUUGAAAGCCACUGUUUAUUGUCCAUGUUUCACUUCCAUACAAAUACUUGCAGAAAAGACUUCCUGAUGUUUAAAUCUGUACUCGAUGCUAACAAAUUUCUGUUCCUCAGAAACACUUUCCUUGCCAUUGUCAGUCUACAUUUUAUACCCUCUUUACUUUGACCAUCAUCAGUUAUUUUGCUCCCCUAAUAGCAAAACUCAUCUACCACUUUAAGUGUCUCAUUUCCUAAUCUAAUUCUGUCAGCAUCACCUGAUUUAAUUCGACUACUUUCCAUUAUCCUUGUUUUGCUUUUGUUGAUGUUCAUCUUAUACCCUACUGUCGAUUCCGCUCAACUGCUCUUCCAGGUCCUUUGGUGCCUCUGAUAGAAUUACAAUGUCAUUGGCAGACCUCAAAGAUUUUAUUUCUUCUCCAUGGAUUUUAAUCCCUACCCCAAAUUUUUUCUUUUGUUUCCUUUACUGCUUGCACAAUAUACAGAUUGAAUUACACUGGGGAUAGGCUACAAUCCUGUCUCACUCCCUUUCCGACCACUGCUUCUCUAUCAUGCCCCUCAACUCUUACAACUGCCAUCUGGUUUCUGUAAAAAUUGUGAAUAGCCUUUCGUUCCCUGUAUUUUACCCCCGCCACCUUCAGAAUUUGAAAGAGAGUGUUCCAGUCAACAUUGUCAAAAGCCUUCUCUAAGUCUACAAAUGCUAGAAAUGUAGGUUUCUCUUUCCUAAAUCUAUCUUCUAAAUUAAGUCAUUGGGUCAGUACUGCCUCACUUGUUCCAACAUUUCUAUGGAAUCCAGACUGAUCUUCCCUGAGGUCGGCUUCUACCUGUUUUUUCAUUCGUCCGUAAAGAAUUUGUGUUAGUAUUUUGCAGCUGUGACGUAUUAAACUAAUAGUUCGGUAAUUUUCAAACAAUUUUGUUAUUGAGUUAAUAAUGCUGAGCUACAUCUCUCUAAGUCCAAGUGUGAUCCAUUUUGUGUUUAUUUUUCUGUUAACUUGAGAAGACUUGAUAUAUAAAGGUUAGAAUUUUCAUUAAUUUAAGUUCAAAUUAUUGAAAUAUCCUUUCACUUAUCUUGAAGUCCGACCCCGGUAGCUGAGUGGUCAGCGCGACAGAAUGUCAAUUCUAUGGGCCUAGAUUUGAUUCCCGGCUGGAUUGAAGAUUUUCUCCGCUUAGGGACUGGGUGUUGUGUUCUCUUAAUCAUCAUAAUUUCAUCCAUAUCGACGCGCAAGUUUCCAAAGUGGCAUCAGAUCAAUAGACUUGCACCCGGUGAAUGGUCUACCCUACGGGAGGCCCUAGUCACACAACAUUUGCAUUUUACUUUGCUUGAAUACUUGUUCUAGUAGCUGGCACAGUUACAUCUGAUAGAAUUAUGUUUCGGGUUGCAGAAUCACUUCCACAGUUUUGUAUACAUCUGUGCACUUCAGUAGAUUUAAAAAUGGACACAGACAGUCUCAAUCACUAAAACAUUUAUUGUGAAGAUAGGUGGGGUGGGUGUUUUAACUCUGCAAACAUCGGCUCUUACGGUUACAAGACUCGUUCCAUUGACCAUCACCAACUACGAUCAUAGUAUGAGGGUCUGAUGAUGGUAAAAAACUGACCAAAACCAGUUACUAUCAAAACAGAUAUUUUUGUGGUCAAGAUUGUGUUCAUUUUUAAAGCACUUUUUACCAGACCAUUGUUCUCAAAGAGAAAUGUUCUCAAAAAUUACUUCAGUAAAUGAAAUAUCACAGACUGCUUGUUUGCAAAUAAUCUUUUCUGCUAAUCA